UAAGUGAUAGGGGUCAGAAAAUGAGAUAAAAAAAAAGUUUUCUAAGAAGUUUAGAAAUUUUUAAAAAAUAAGUCAAACAUGGAAACUAUACAAGUUGGGUAUUGUUGUAAUUGAACCAACCAAAAGAAUUAAGAUAACAUGGUUUGACAUUGUUGUAGUUUUGCAGCAGUUCGGCUGUCAGUGCAUUUGGGGAGUUGUAGCUUUGCAUAUCAUUUUAUUGGAGGCGGAAAGUCUGGAGGAGGACAGUGGGAUCAAUAGAACAGAGGAGUCUCACGGAAAACAGGAUGACUACCUGCAUACAGCAUAUAUUAACCCCUUAACGACGAAGGACGUAUCCGCCGGCUCCCGCGAUACUCCACGGGGUCACGCGGUGUCCCCGCGUCAUAUCGGGUCCCCGCGUCAUAUCGGGUCGGUCCUGGCGGCUAUCAACGGCCGGGACACGUGGCUAGUACAGGACAUCACCGAUCGCAGUGAAGCCCUGUAUUAACCCUUCAGACGCGGCGAUCAAAGCUGACCGCCGUGUCUGAAGUGAAAGGGAAAGUAUCCCGGCUGCUCAGUCGGGCUGUUCGGGACCGCCGUGGUGAACAGCUUACAGGACAACGGGAGGGCCCUUACCUGCCUCCUCGGUGUCCGAUCGCCGAAUUACUGCUCCGUGCCUGACAUCCAGGCAGGAGCAGUCAAGCGCCGAUAACACUGAUCACAGGCGUGUUAAUACACGCCAGUGAUCUGUGUAAAAGAUCAGUGUGUGCAGUGUUAUAGGUCCCUAUGGGAGCUAUAACACUGCAAAAAAAAAGUGUUAAUAAAGGUCAUUUAACCCCUUCCCUAAUAAAAGUUUGAAUCACCCCCCUUUUCCCAUAAAAAAAUAAAACAGUGUAAAUAAAAAUAAACAUAUGUGGUAUCGCCGCAUGCGAAAAUGUCCGAACUAUAAAAAUAUAUCGUUAAUUAAACCGCACGGUCAAUGGCGUACAUGUAAAAAUAAUUCCAAAGUCCAAAAAAGCGUAUUUUUGGUCACUUUUUAUACCAUUAAAAAAUGAAUAAAAAGUGAUCAAAAGGUCCAAUCAAAACAAAAAUGGUACCGAUAAAAACUUCAGAUCACGGCGCAAAAAAUUAGCGUAUACAUUUUCCUGCAUGUAGUUAUGAUUUUUUCCAGAAGUGCGACAAAAUCAAACCUAUAUAAGUAGGGGAUCAUUUUAACCGUAUGGACCUACACAAUAAUGAUAAGGUGUCAUUUUUACCGAAAUAUGCACUGCGUAGAAACGGAAGCCCCCAAAAGUUACAAAAUGGCGUUUUUUCUUCGAUUUUGUCGCACAAUGAUUUUUUUUUCCGUUUCACCGUAGAUUUUUGGGUAAAAUGACUAAUGUCACUGCAAAGUAGAAUUGGUGACGCAAAAAAUAAGCCAUAAUAUGGAUUUUUAGGUGGAAAAUUGAAAGGGUUAUGAUUUUUAAAAGGUGAGGAGGAAAAAACGAAAGUGCAAAAACUGAAAAACCCUGCAUCCCUGCAGGGGUUAAAGAUCUGUGGGUAUAUAGCCUCUAGUACACAGCUACAAUUGUAUAUUAGUGGUGCAGCAAAAAAUAUAUAAUAAAUUUGGUCGAAAACCACAAACUUGAGAUGUACUUGUGCUGGUGAAGAAGUACAACUCCCAGCAUGUCCUGAUAGCCUUUGGAUUUCAGGGCAUGAUGGGAGUUGUAGUUUUUCAGCAGUUCAGCUGUCAGCAUGCUUUGUAGUUAUGCAACGGUUUGGCUGUCAGGGCAUGCUGGAAGUUGUAGUUCUGCAACAGCUUGGCUGUCAUGGUAUGUCUGAAAUAGAAGUUUUGCAGCAGUGUGGCUGUCUGGGCUUGCUGGUAUUUGUAGUUCUGCACAGGUUUAACUGUCAGAGCAUGAUGGGAGUUUUAUUUUUGUAGCAGCACGGCUGUCAGGGCAUGCUGGGAGUGGUAGUUUUGCAGCAGUUCGGCUGUCAGGGCAUGCUGGGAGUUGUAGUUUUCCAGCAGUUUGGCUGUCAGGGCAUGCUGAGAGUUGUAGUUUUGCAGCAGUUCGACUGUUGGGUCAUGCUGGGAGUUGUAGUUUUGCAGCACUUUGGCUGUCAUGGCAUGCUGGGAUUUGUAGUUUUGCAGCGGUUCGACUGUCGGGUCAUGCUGGGAGUUGUAGUUUUGCAGUGGUUCGACUGUCGGGUCAUGCUGGGAGUUGUAGUUUUGCAGCGGUUCGACUGUCGGGUCAUGCUGGGAGUUGUAGUUUUGCAGCGGUUCGACUGUCGGGUCAUGCUGGGAGUUGUAGUUUUGCAGCGGUUCGACUGUCGGGUCAUGCUGGGAGUUGUAGUUUUCCAGCAGUUUGGCUGUCAGGGCAUGCUGAGAGUUGUAGUUUUGCAGCAGUUCGACUGUUGGGUCAUGCUGGGAGUUGUAGUUUUGCAGCAGUUUGGCUGUCAUGGCAUGCUGGGAGUUGUAGUUUUGCAUCAGUUCGACUGUCGGGUCAUGCUGGGAGUUGUAGUUUUCCAGCAGUUUGGCUGUCGGGUCAUGCUGGGAGUUGAAGUUUUCCAGCAGUUUGGCUGUCAGGGCAUGCUGGGAGUUGUAGUUUUCCAGCAGUUUGGCUGUCAGGGCAUGCUGGGAGUUGUAGUUUUGCAUCAGUUCGACUGUCGGGUCAUGCUGGGAGUUGUAGUUUUCCAGCAGUUUGGCUGUCGGGUCAUGCUGGGAGUUGAAGUUUUCCAGCAGUUUGGCUGUCAGGGCAUGCUGGGAGUUGUAGUUUUCCAGCAGUUUGGCUGUCAGGGCAUGCUGGGAGUUGUAGUUUUCCAGCAGUUUGGCUGUCGGGUCAUGCUGGGAGUUGUAGUUUUCCAGCAGUUUGGCUGUCAGGGCAUGCUUAGAGUUGUAGUUUUCCAGCAGUUUGGCUGUCGGGUCAUGCUGGGAGUUGUAGUUUUCCAGCUGUUUGGCUGUCAGGGCAUGCUGAGAGUUGUAGUUUUGCAGCAGUUCGACUGUCGGGUCAUGCUGGGAGUUGUAGUUUUGCAGCACUUUGGCUGUCAGGGCAUGCUGGGAUUUGUAGUUUUGCAGCGGUUCGACUGUCGGGUCAUGCUGGGAGUUGUAGUUUUGCAGCGGUUCGACUGUCGGGUCAUGCUGGGAGUUGUAGUUUUGCAGCGGUUCAACUGUCGGGUCAUGCUGGGAGUUGUAGUUUUGCAGCGGUUCGACUUUCUGGUCAUGCUGGGAGUUGUAGUUUGCAGCACUUUGGCUGUCAUGGCAUGCUGGGACAUUAGAGUCCCCUACAAACGCUGCCUGAUCCCUCCCUUACAUGUGACUGAUCACAUGGUCAUGACAUCAUCAAAGGUCCUUUAGCUCAGUAGGAUUUAGCAUCUCCCACAGCUUUAUGGGCAGAGGACGCUGUGGCGGGUGCUCCGGACCCUGUAGUGGAGGAAUAUGAGGAGGUGACGCCCUCUGCUGGAUAAGAAGGACAUGGUCAAUGUAAAGUUCUGUGGACAGUAAGAUCCUUGCUGAACGUCACACCCAUACAGCAGACUCGGAGACACAGAUGACAUUGAGUUUCAUGACACAUAUUUCCAAGAGAAUUGUCCAAAAAACAGAAAAGCACAGAGUGGUUCAUGUUCUUCAUGUCAGAUACAAAAAAU